GCCAUGUAGCUUGUUCACCAAGAUCUCUCUGUGCUCUCUUUUGAUUGAUCAGUAGUGAUCAGAGGAACCUCAAAAGUCUCAAACCCUAGCUGCACAUUUCACAAUUAACAACCAACAAUGGCUAGAUACGAUAGAGCCAUCACCGUCUUCUCGCCGGACGGCCAUCUAUUCCAAGUAGAAUACGCUCUCGAAGCCGUACGUAAAGGUAAUGCCGCCGUCGGCGUCCGCGGUACUGAUACCGUUGUCCUUGGCGUUGAGAAGAAAUCUACCCCUAAGCUUCAGGACUCUAGGUCAGUAAGAAAGAUAGUAAAUCUAGAUGAUCAUAUUGCCUUGGCCUGUGCUGGCCUGAAAGCAGAUGCCCGAGUCCUCGUAAAUCGGGCACGUAUCGAGUGUCAGAGUCAUAGGCUUACAGUUGAGGAUCCAGUUACCGUUGAGUACAUAACACGUUACAUUGCUGGUCUUCAGCAAAAGUACACUCAAAGUGGCGGUGUUAGGCCAUUUGGUCUUUCAACCUUGAUCAUCGGUUUUGAUCCUUACACUGGUGUCCCUUCACUUUAUCAAACAGAUCCAUCUGGAACAUUCUCAGCAUGGAAAGCCAAUGCAACAGGGAGAAACUCCAACUCUCUCCGGGAGUUCUUGGAGAAAAAUUACAAAGAAACAUCUGGCCAGGAAACUGUGAAACUUGCAAUACGUGCUUUGCUUGAAGUUGUUGAGAGCGGCGGAAAGAAUAUUGAAGUUGCUGUCAUGACAAAAGAGCAUGGGCUUAAGCAACUUGAGGAAGCUGAGAUUGAUGCCGUUGUUGCUGAGAUUGAGGCAGAGAAAGCAGCUGCAGAAGCUGCAAAAAAGGCUCUUCCAAAAGAAACCUAGUUCUGCCGAAAUUCUUAUUUGAAAAUGUUUCUGAAUUUUUACUGGUUGCUCUAUUCAACUUCUAAAGACUGAUCUUGUUGUCAGUCGAGACCUGUAUUGUGGCUAAACUUUUUGUUAUAGUGAGAGUCGUCAUCUUCUAUCACUGAUUAUAUACUGGUCAUGAAAUGUUGCUUAAGAUGUACGCACUUGUUUACAUUGCUUGAUGGUUUAGCUAUGGAAUGUGGUAGUUCCACAGUUCUUUUGUUC